AUGCCAAGUCACGGAGAAAUGCCGGAUGAGCAGCGCCCGCUGCUUCACGAUGGCUGUUCCGCUGUUGGCAGCGACGCCAAUCAAUCCACGGCCUCGCGCCGCGGGCUCAUCGUCUCGUCGCUGCUCAUCCUGCUCUCUUGCAAUCUCUACUCAAUUAUUGUAGAUACGGCGGGCAACCAGCUGGUCGAGGGCGCGGCGUGCAAGCAGCUGCACCCCGAAGUCACAGACUGGUACCGCGACCCCAUCUGCAAAAGCCUCGACGUGCAAGAUCGCCUGGCCCUGAUUACGGGGUGGGAGUUUUCGUGGGCGCUGGUGCCCGGAUUGCUCCUGGCGAUCCCCUACGGCGUCUUCAUGGAUCGCUACGGGCCGCGGGCCAUGUUGGUUCUCGUUGCGCUGGGCGGCUUGGUCACGCAAACGCUCUACCUGGCCGUCACCCAGUUCCCUGACAUAUUUGACCUGCGCAUGCUUUGGGUUUGUGUAUUCACCGGCUCUGUGUUUGGCGGCGGCAACGUUGGUUGGCAAGCGGUCAUAUACACCGUGGCGAGCAUGAUUGCUACAAAGAAUAACAGGGCAGAGGUGUUCUUCUACAUGACUUCCAUUAGCACGCUGAACACAAUGGCAGGAGGAUUUCUUGUCUACUGGGCAAUGAACAUUGGGCCUGUGUUCGCACAAUCUCUCGGCUGCAUUAUUUGCGCCCUGGAAUUCCUCCUAUCUUUUACUCUGCCAGGCGGUCUGGCCUCGGGCCAACCUGUAAAGGAGACAGACAGCAACGCGUCUGCCUGGGAGGCAAUCGCUCACGGCUUCAGCGGAACUAAAGAGGGCGUCAAAGGCUUUGGCAAAUUGUUUAGCCAAAACCGUCAGCUUGGCCUUUUAUUGUCCAGUCUUGUUCUUGCCACCAUUGGUAUUAGACAGUCGGGUAUUCGACAGCAGUAUGCAACACACAGAUACGGUUGGUCUUGGGCGAAGGCUGGCUUGAUGGUCUCUGUCACCUCGACCACAACGCUCAUUGUAAUGGUCCUUCUUGUGCCGUUUGCAAGUCGACAGUUGCUCAAGACCCGUUCCGCAAUGGGCAAGGACCUCAUCAUCGCCCGUGCGGGAAUCCUCUCGCUCGCCUUUGGCAGUCUCCUGGUGGGCCUGGCCAGGACUUCGGAGCAGUUCAUUGCGGCGCUCGUCUUCUACAUGACGGAGAGCUGCUACAUGCCCGCCAUUAUCAGCAUCAUUGCUGCCAUGGCGGGCGUUGACAAUCUCCAGUCAGAUCGCACCGGAUCUCUAUACAUGGCGGUUGUUUUUAUGAAUAACAUUGGUGCUAUUGUCGCCGGGCCCAUUGUCUCGUCACUUCUUCGUGUUGGCAUGAGCCGUGGCGGGGACUGGGUCGGCCUGCCGUUCUUUGCCGAGGCGGCGAUACAGAUUUUUACGAUUUGCAUAGUCUUUAGCAUCAGGGAAAUCCGCUACCGACAUUUGCAAGCCCGGCAAGAGGAAGAAGGUGCGGCGCCUGCGGAAUCAGACCAGCAAACUGUCAGAAGCUAG